AACCUUCGGGGGACGAAAGGCGGACGUUACGUCGUUGAUAAGCACCUCUCCAACCAUCCACCUUCCGCUUUGCAGCCAAGUAAAAGAGCGAAAAUCGCUCUUUACGUUUCCCCCACACAGAGCCCGUUGUUCUGGUCGAGCCAGCUCUUCGUUCAGAGAUUGUGCUCGAGUCAAUUGUCCAAAUGGGUGACGGAGAGUGCGACUUCUUCUGCUUCUUCCGCUGCUGCUGAGCGCGCUCCAUCGCGCCUCAGUCAGACAGGAAGGGAGGGUGUCUCUACACGCCGACGUGAAGUGGAAAGGAGGCGGGAAGAAGGAGGAGGGGGGGGCGGAGCUUCAGUCGAGACAUUUCAACUAGAACUGGACCUCUUCAAUCCGACAGGUAGGCGGCUCGUCUACCUGUCUGGGUGAUUGGCACAAUCGACUGAAUGUCUGUGGACAUGAACAGCCAGGCGUCGGACAGCAAUGAAGAAGACUUCGGGGUGAACUCUGAGGAAGAGGAGGAUGAAGACGAUGGAGGGGAGGAAGAGGAUCAGGGCGAUAUUGCAGGCUAUUACGAUGGAGUGGCAAGUGAUGUUGAGCAACAGGGCGCCGAUUCUUUCGACCCAGAGGAGUACCUGUUUACCUGCCUGACGUACAAAGAGAGCCAGCGUGUGUUGGCGGAGGAAGUGAACAUUGUGGCUGCUGCUCUGAAGGUUUCGCCAUCAGUAGCAAAACUGAUCCUGGUGCAUUUUUACUGGCAGGUUUCACAAAUACUGGACAGAUGUAAGUCCAACUCUUCUCAGCUUUUGUCAGACGCUCUGGUCCAGCCCAGCAGCACAUGCAGAUUAGCCGCUGCCCCUCAGUCCCUCCAGUGUGGUGUGUGUCUACAGGUCGUACGGAGAGACUCUCUGCUGGCUCUGCCCUGUCAGCACUCCUUCUGUAAAGCAUGCUGGGAGCAGCACUGCACCGUACUAGUCAAAGAUGGCAUGGGAGUGGGUAUCUCCUGUAUGGCUCAGGACUGUUCCCUGCGGAUGCCAGAAGACUUUGUCCUCCCGCUGCUGCCAGGAGAGGAGCUAAAGGACAAAUACAGACGCUACCUCUUCAGAGACUAUGUUGAGAGUCACUUCCAGUUGCAGUUGUGUCCAGGUGCAGACUGUCCUAUCGUCAUCAAGGUGCAGGAGCCCAGGGCGCGCAGAGUGCAGUGCAGCCGCUGCAGUGAAGUCUUCUGUUUCAAAUGCCGCCAGAUGUACCACGCACCUACAGACUGCGCAACAAUUCGUAAAUGGCUGACUAAAUGUGCAGAUGACUCAGAGACUGCAAACUACAUCAGCGCCCACACUAAAGAUUGUCCGAAAUGCAAUAUCUGCAUUGAAAAGAACGGAGGGUGCAAUCACAUGCAAUGCUCUAAGUGCAAACACGACUUCUGCUGGAUGUGUCUUGGAGACUGGAAGACUCAUGGCAGUGAAUACUAUGAGUGCAGCCGAUACAAAGAGAACCCUGAUAUAGUCAACCAGAGCCAGCAAGCUCAGGCCAGAGAGGCCCUCAAGAAAUACCUCUUCUAUUUUGAGAGGUGGGAGAAUCACAAUAAGUCCCUGCAGUUAGAAGCUCAGACGUACCAGAGGAUCCAGGAGAAAAUCCAGGAGAGAGUAAUGAACAAUCUGGGUACUUGGAUCGACUGGCAGUACCUGCAUAAUGCUGCAAAGCUACUGGCCAAGUGUCGCUACACGCUGCAGUACACCUACCCUUAUGCCUAUUACAUGGAGUCUGGACCGCGCAAGAAACUGUUUGAAUACCAGCAGGCCCAGCUGGAAGCAGAGAUAGAAAACUUGUCGUGGAAGGUGGAACGAGCUGACAGCUACGAGAGAGGAGUGGUAGGAGGAGAGGGCGAGCUCAGUGCCAGUGACAGAGGGGAUCUGGAGAAUCAGAUGCACAUUGCUGAGCAGAAGCGACGCACGCUGCUGAAGGAUUUCCAUGACACCUGAAGCUCCAAUCGCAACUGCAAAGCACCAACAUCCUUCCUCCUUUUUUCUUCCUUGCUUCCCUACCUUUGCUUCCUUCCACAAUCAUCUGUUGUUGCAGUCAUACUUACCCUCCCUUUCUUUGCCCCCCCUACACUCGUUUGCUCAUUUGUCUUUUCCUCCUCUCACCACCAUCAUGCUGCAGAAUCGCAGAAUGUCGAGCUUGUAACCCCCACCCCCUCCUUCUCAUUUCAUCCCCAUCUCCUUCAUAUAUUUGACACAUCAGUUGUGUUUACACUUGUUUCAGCUCAUCAGAUCUGAUCUUGUGGGCCACAGUUUGAGGUUUUGUGUCUAAAAACAGAGUAAAGUCGCUUUGAAAUAAGAAAGAAACAAUGUGUUGCCUGCUGGAAAUUAGGAAUCUUUCUGGAUAGUUCUCCCAAGAAAAGUGGGCUUAUCGUUAGAAAAGAGCAUUUGGAGUAGAGGUUUGUGCAAUUGAGUAGAGGAGGAAUAUGUGGUAGAAUGAUCACCUUUUUUCUUUAAGGCAACAGUGCAACCAGUGGAUCUGUAUUUUGUGGUUUUCAUAUAAAUCAGACUUAUAUACAGGUACUUGCCAGGUCUUGCACCUGUAUUAAUAAUUUCUGGACAUUUUAAAAAUGGAGAUUGUACCAUGUACACGUGCUGUACUAAAUCCAUAUAACUGAUUAAAAUAAUUCCUAAAGGUGUAUUUUUCUGGUUUACAUAAACUCAUCCAUCCAUCCAGAGUUUAAGAAAGUUUUCUGAAUUGCUUUCUGGUUUUGUUUUUUUUUUACAGAAUAUUCUCAGUACCCUACUCAAUAUGGCUAACUUCAAACCAAAUCUAGUAGUAGUAAUAUUUAAGUUCAAAAUAGUUGAGAAAAAUGUUGGGAUUUUGACAGCAGCUACUUAAAUUUUUUGCCACCAUUGUUUUCCUCCAACUUUUACCUUUUUACUUGGAGAUGCACCAUGACCUAAACAUAACAGAUGAGGUAAAACUACAGAAUUGUCCUACUGAUACUGAUAUUAUGACCUUAAUAUUUUGAGAAAUGCAGACUGAAUUAGACUUGACCUCCUACCUUAAGGUCCAACAUUGGUACCUCCACUGAUCAGAUGACAAACCCGGUUUGAGUGUAAUCUCAUUCGUCAUUCACAAGCGCUACAGCACCUCCCACCAACAUUCAGAUGGCGUGCACACGCCGACGCUCCCGUGUGCAAACACUCCACUAAAGACAUUUGCUGUUAAUUUGCCCAUCUCAUGCUCUUUCUUCUGACUUUACUGUCAUCCCAGCAUUUUAUUUGGCUCUGUUCUGUUUUCCUUCAGCUCAUGUUGCUCACCUCUGAAUAAUGGCUGUUGAUAGUUAGAUCAUUUAAAAAAAUGGAAGAAAAAGGAAAAAAAAAAUUGCUGUAAUUUUCAACGGUUGUACAUUAAUAAAGAAAUAGAGUUACUGAGAGUUUUUAAAACCA